AUGUCGAAAGAACAGCCUACCUCUUCAGUCUCUGGUGUUCCCGCCAAAGAUCCAGUGCCGGUUCGCUUGCAUACUGUGCGAGUCUGGUUCCCGUCCAAUCCACUGGAGCUUAUGGAAGACAUCAAAAGAAAUGGCCUCGACGAUGUGGUUGUUGAUGCCAUUUCUCUUCAAGAGCUUGGCACCGAGCAUCAAGCCCAAGAUAACCUUGAAAAUCGGAAGGAUGCAUUCCUAGUGGACCUUGCGGUGCUUGAGCCUGGUAUUGUACGGGUUCGGAGAAGAUAUGGGUUCAUAAGAUUCAUUCCACUCAGCAGCGAUGAUCCGGUUGUCUUACGACAGUCGGCAAAAGACCCUGACUUGAAGAAAGUUCUUUGUUAUCGGCACCUACACUCAAAAUACCAAUACGAGGGUGAAAGAAAGAAACUAUUAGCAGCAGUUUUGGGAUUCGAGGUGGACAAGGGCUUGGCCGACUGGUAUUAUAACACCCUUAAAGACCUUGAGAGGCGCCUAGAACAACUCAAUUUCAUUUGA